AUGUGCGUAGACUUCAUCGACCUGAACAAAGCUUGUCCGAAGGAUUGCUACCCCCUCCCUCGCAUCGACCAGCUGGUCGAUUCAACUACUGGAUGCGAGAUUUUCUGCUUUCUGGACGCCUUCAAAGGGUAUCACCAGAUAGUCCUGGACGAGGAGGAUCAAGAGAAGACUGCCUUCAUCACCGAGUACGGCACGUACUGCUAUACCACCAUGCCAUUUGGAUUGAAGAAUGCCGGCGCGACCUACCAACAACUGGUCAACAAGUUGUUCAAGAACCAGAUCGGCCGAAACAUGGAAGUGUACGUAGAUGACAUGCUGGUGAAAAGCCGAACUCAGGAGCAGUUCAUCAACGACCUCAGAGAGAUCUUUGACGUCCUACGGAGCUCGCGGAUGCGGCUGAACCCCAAGAAGUGCACUUUCGGGGUUAGGUCGGGCAAGUUCUUAGGGUACAUGAUAUCCAAGGACGGGGUAAGAGCUAACCCUGACAAGGUAAAGGCUAUCAUGGACAUGGCUCCUCCACGAAACAUAAAGGAGGUCCAGCGAUUAGCGGGCAGGAUGGCGGCUCUAAACAGGUUCUUGUCGAAAUCGGCAGUUCGGGGAUCCCCUUUUUUCAAAGCCUUGCGAAGAGGUCCUCAAUUUGAAUGGACCCCCGAGUGUCAGAAAGCCUUUAGCGAGCUAAAAGGUCACAUCGCUCAGUUGCCAGCCUUGACUUCUCCCGCUCAGGGAGAAACCCUGCUGAUCUAUCUGGCAGCUGGGGAGGAGGCGGUCAGUGCGGUGCUAGUUCGGGAGGAUGGCAAAGUCCAGAGACCCGUAUACUAUGUCAGUCGAGCUCUGCAGGGCGCGGAGACAAGAUACACUAUGAUCGAACGGUAUGUUCUAGCAUUAGUCCACGCGGCCAGGAAGCUCAGGUCAUAUUUUCAGGCUCACCCCGUGGUGGUAAUGACCGACCAGCCACUCAAACAAAUUCUUUCAAAGCCUGAUGCGUCAGGGAGAAUGGAAUCACAGGUCGAGCGGACCAGAGACAUAGCCAAGGCCAAGCAGGUCGGAGAAGCUGUCGAGGCCGCGCAGACCUCCAAGUCCCCACCGACCCAAGACGCAGCAGAGGCUAGGCAGGCCGGAGAAGCUGCCCAGGUCGAGCAAGCCACCAAGACUUCCGAGGCCGAGCAGACCUUAGACGCAGUCGAGGCCGAGCAGGCCGAAGGACCUGCCAAGGUCGGACAGGCCCCAAAGGAAGCCAAGGCCGAACAGAUCGGAGACGCAGCGGAGGCUGAACAGGCCAGAGAGGCUGUUGAGAUUGAACAGGCCACCGGCAAAGUCGAUCAGACCAUUCCGACCUGGACGCUGUUCGUGGAUGGGUCGUCGAGCAAGGAAGGAUGCGGAGCAGGGCUUCUCCUGACCGGCCCCCUGGGGGAUGAGUUGGCUUACGCCCUGAGAUUUGAUUUCAGAGCCUCCAACAACGAGUCCGAGUAUGAGGCCCUGGUCGCGGGGAUGAUGAUAGCUCGAAAGCUAGGGGCCGAGUCAAUAGAAGUCUACAGCGACUCGCAACUGAUAGUCAACCAGGUAGGGGGAAGUUACGAAGUUAAAGAGGAGCCCCUAAGAAGGUACGUCGCCAAAGUACAUGAGCUGAGAACUCAGUUCAAGGUAUUCACGCUCAAGCAGGUCCCGCGAAGCCAAAAUAAGAGAGCGGAUGCUCUGUCCAAGCUAGCUUCCACCUCGGUCGGUACGUUGAACAAAGAGGUCUUGGUGGAGGUCGUCAGAAAUCGGGCGUAUGACCAGGUAGAGGCGGCUGUUAUUCAAGUAAUGAGCUCAUGGAUGGAUCCCAUCGUACGGUACCUAGCUAGUAGAGAGCUCCCUCCAAGCCGGGUGGAGGCACGGAGGGUCCUCUUCAGGUCGCGGGGAUACGAGCUCUCGAAUGGGGUACUCUACAAGAAAUCCUACCUACGCCCGUGGCUGAGGUGCAUAACUCCGGAGGAGGGAGACUACAUCCUGCGUGAGCUGCAUGAGGCCGAACUGGUAGCUCGGUGCAAGUCCUGCCAGCUGCAUGCGCCGAUCCAUCACGCCCCAACUCAGGAGAUGAUCCCUCUUCAGAGCCCUUGGCCUUUCUUCCAAUGGGGAAUCGACCUGCUGGGUCCGUUUCCCCGGGCUCCUGGGGGUUAUGAGCAUGUAGUGGUGGCUGUAGAUUAUUUCACCAAAUGGGUGGAGGCCGAGCCCCUUACCACCAUUAGCAGCAGGUCGGUGCAGAAGUUUCUCUGGAAAAACAUCGUUUGCCGAUUUGGUAUACCCCAUGUCCUGGUCUCAGACAACGGGCGCCAGUUCGCUGACAGUGCUCUUCAAGGAUGGUGCUCGGAGCUCGGAAUCAGGCAGCACUUCACCUCGGUAGGCCACCCUCAAGCCAACGGGCAGGUCGAGAACGUCAACAGGACCAUCCUGCACGGCUUGAAAACGCGGAUGGAGUUCGCCCGAACUGGGUGGCUGGACGAGCUGCCAACCAUACUGUGGGCUUACCGGACCACUCCCCGAACUGCUACCCAGGAGACUCCUUUUGCUCUAACCUAUGGAGCAGAGGCGGUGAUUCCUGCGGAGAUAGGAGUUCCUUCGGGCAGGGUUCAGAAUUUCAUAGCUCGGGACAAUGAGGACGAGCUGCGCCUUAACUUGGAUUUGCUGGAAGGAAGAAGGGAGGAGGCAGCCAUACGCAUGGCCAAGUACAAAGGACAGAUCGCGCGGCACUACAAUGCUAGGGUGAGACCUCUAUCUUUCAAGCCAGGGGAUCUGGUCUUACGGAAGAAUAGCGUCAGUCGGCUUCAGGGCACGGGCAAGCUGGACCCAAAUUGGGAGGGUCCCUAUGUGGUGAAAGAGGCAGAUCGAGCUGGAUACUGCAAGUUAGCCCGCCUCAGCGGGGAGAAGGUCCCGCGUACCUGGCAUAAUUCCAACUUGAGGAUUUUCCGUUAA